UGCCCGACGUGCGCCCUGACGCGGGGCGCCGCCUGCGGCGUGGCCACUGCGCGCUGCGGCCGUGGGCUGAGCUGCCGGGCGCCGCCCGGGGAGCCGCGGCCCCUGCACGCCCUCACCCGCGGCCGGGGCGCCUGCAUGCCGCUCCCCGAAAACACCACGCCCGGCGUUGAGGCCACAGACGCAAAGGGCUCUGCGGCCCCAGAGACCGUGUCCCCUGAGAGCGCAGAGAUGACCCAGGAGCAGCUGCUGGGCAGUUCCCACCUGAUGGCCCCGUCUGGCGACGACCUGCCCAUCCUCUGGAACGCUAUCAGUAAUUACCAGAGUGCAAAGGCUCUCGAGGUCGCCGAGGCAACGACUGGGAAGAGGCCCUGCCAACGGGAACUGUACAGUGUGCUGGAGAGACUAGCUCAGGAGCAGCAGAAAGCAGGGGACAGGAUCUACACCUUUUAUCUGCCCAACUGCAGCAAGGACGGCUUCUAUUACAGCAAACAGUGUGAGACGUCCCUGGACGGAGAGGCCGGGCUCUGCUGGUGCGUCUACCCCUGGAACGGGAAGAAGAUCCCAGGGUCUGUGGAGGUCCGAGGGGACCCCGGCUGCCAUCAGUAUUUUCACUGAGAACGGAAGCAGUACUCCCUAUUCCCUCCCAUGAAAUAUUUAAGUACAUAGUAUAUUUAUACUCGAGAACACACACUUUUAUAUAUAUGUGUAUAUAGGAACAACCUUUCAGGCUGCACAUACUAUUUGAUAUAUGAAGCUGUAGUUUAUUUAUUCACUGUAAGUUAUUUUUCUACACUGUAACUUGUGCUGUAUAAUUUAUAUAUCAUGACACACUUCUCACCACGUUGUAUGUAAAUACUUGCAUUUUAGCUCUUCCAAGGUUUGUGCUUCUGUGUGUAAAGAGCAUGGGAAAAUACCGCCUAGAAAAUGCCAAAUCACACGCGUAGCUGUGGUUUUCCAGUGGCUGGUGGAGGACAGUUAAGCCAGGCUGAAGCGUGUAUGCUCCAGUCUAUCCCACUAUCUGGGAUUGGCAUAAAUUUGCAGAAGUUAAGUGUUGAUUAAUCACAGCGAGAGGUGGCGAUGCGGCUACAUGUGAGCACGGGCACUGGAUACAUUGUCAGACACACUCGCACAAUGGGAACAUGUUCGGAAUAAAUGUUCUUGGGACAUUG